UCACAGUAUAAAUGUUGCAAAUCAUUUCAGUAAAACAUUUGUAAUUUUUCUUCUUAGCGAUUUUCUCCCUCUCUCCAACUCGCUCUGCCUCACUCGUUCACUCGCUGUUCACUCGCUCCAUGACUCGGCGCCCGCGAUCAUCUUCAUCUUCUCUCUCAACCAAGAAAUUCGACGUGUUCGAGUUCAAUGACGAAGACCACAGCAUCGAGAAGGUCUCUAAGAAGAUUCUCCGCAAGUUCCAAAACCCUAGCAGGUCUCGCUCUUCCCCUGUCACCAAAUAUGAUUUCCUCCAAGCCUUUGCGAGCGGUUCAAAUUCCAGACCUGUAUCCAUUGACAUUACCGCCGAUCAUAUCGACCUCGAUGACGAACAAGAAGAAGAAGUGACACGGUGCUCAGCGAAGGAACUUGCUGAUCAACCGUUAGAGGUUGUUGUUGAUGACGAUGAUGAUGAUGAUGAUGAUGGCCAUGAUGAUGAUGGCCGUGGACAAGAUGAUGAUUAUGAUCUAGAAAAAAUUGAUACUCAGUCUUCGAUAGACACGCCGCUACAACUCUCUGCUGAUAAAGAAAUUUCCGGCUGCAGUGAUUUUGUAGAAAGCGAUUUUGACUCGAAAAAACAGUCACUCGGCGUGGCUUCAGAUGACGACGACGACGCUAGUCAAAAGAGUUCUUCUUCUAUUUCGUCUUCAAAUCCAUCUGAAGAUGAAGUUAACUUCGGAGACCAGCUAGUGGAGCAUGACGAUUCGGCUGCAUUUGUAAUUAAUGUCGAAGAAAAGGUGGUUGAUGUCAUCCCUGAUUUUAUUCAAUUUGAGGAUUUGUAUUCCACUAGGUCCCAGUUAACAUUCUCAUGCAACUCCUUGAAACUUGAAGGCUCAACAAAUAAUGGAACUAGGGAAACACUUAAAAUUGAGUGGCCGACUGAAGAUAUCAUAAAAAUUGAAUCAUGUUGGUUUGGAAAGAUUGAAACAGCCUUGAUCAACCUUCUUGUCAAAUCAAAAGAUUAUAGUGAAGCUGGAACUACAAAUCAAAAUCCAGUUUAUGCAGGUUUUAAGCUGUUAAAGUUUGCAGUCUAUGAUUCCUUUUGGUACAAGGCAGAAGAAGCAAUCAAACUAUUGGACACAAGAUACACAGAUAUAUGGAGUACACUUUUUGACAUUGAUGUAGAUAACAGUAGAAAUAUUUCUGCAUUGGGGAAGCACUACUUUUUCUCUCAGCACCGCUAUUUCCCCAAUUUUGAUGAGGCUUUUGAUGAAGUUAUUUAUCCAAAGGGGGAGCCCGAUGCUGUUUCUAUUAGUAAGAGAGAUGUUGAGCUUUUACAGCCGCAGGCAUUCAUUAAUGAUACCAUCAUUGACUUUUAUAUCAAGUAUUUGAAAAAUAAACUCCCUACUGAUGAACAGGACCGGUUUCACUUUUUCAAUAGCUUCUUCUUUCGCAAGCUGGCUGAUUUAGACAAAGAUCCAGCGAGUGCUUGUGAUGGUAGAGCAGCAUUUCAGCGUGUACGCAAAUGGACAAGGAAAGUGAACCUUUUUGAAAAGGAUUAUAUCUUGAUUCCCAUAAACUAUAGUCAUCACUGGAGUUUGAUUGUCAUUUGUCAUCCUGGUGAACUGACAUGCUACAAAGACGAAGAAAUGAAUGAAUCUUCCAAAGUACCUUGCAUCUUGCACAUGGAUUCCCUAAAAGGAACACAUAAAGGUCUGAAGAAUAUUUUUCAAAGUUACCUCUGUGAAGAAUGGAAAGAGAGGCACGGUGAUGUGGUGGAUGAUGUGUCUUCUAAAUUUCUACAUAUGAGAUUCAUCUCACUUGAGCUGCCUCAGCAGGAUAAUUUACACGAUUGUGGCCUCUUUUUGCUCCAUUAUGUGGAACGUUUUCUGGAAGAAGCUCCUGUAAACUUUAACCCUUUUAUGAUUACGAAGUUCUCUAACUUUUUGAGCAGUGAUUGGUUUCCUCCACCAGAGGCUUCUCUGAAACGAUCUCACAUACAGAACCUAAUUUAUGAUAUAUUUGAAAAUAAUUCUUUGCAAGCACGUCCUACCGAUUGCCUUGACAAAGGUCUUCCUUCUGAAGAUCCUGCCAUUGUUGUCCAGACGAAAGUGGAAGAAGAUUCCCUUACGGGUUGCUGCUAUUCAGAUUUGUGUGUAAAAAAUCCUCCUUUAAAUUCCUCUACUGAACUAGAGACUGCUGAUAUUCAGCAUCCAACGGCUUCACCCGGAAGAGUUUCACCGUGUUUGGGAGGACCUUCACUUGUUUCCAAGGACUGGCGAGUAAUUUCACGUUCUGAUUGUCUGCAGAGGGGCGGUUUCUUGUCACCAUUAAAAGAAAUUGAUGAAUGUAGUGAGGAGGAAACUUCUUUAUCAGUAGAGAGGGAGAAAUCCCAAUUGGUAUAUGAUUUUCCAUCCACAUCAUGUGUCAGAAAAGAUCACGGAGCAUCAGAAUCAUCGGAGCAUGGAUUUUCUGUAAAUUUUGUGAAAGCUGUUGAUGACCAUUCUCUGUCAAGAACAUCUAGAAUAUCCUCGUUCCCAUUGAAUACAGUAGUUGAGUAUCCAUCGACUUCUGGUGAGGAGUUUACGGACUAUGUUGUGUGUGAUUCUCCAGCGGCAAAUGAUACUGAUAAGAGGAGUCUUGAAGAGGAAAAGGCAGUGACAGUUGAAUCUGAUGGAGCAGAUGCCAAAAGGCCAAAUGCAUACGUUGUUCCGGAUUCUCCGGGGACAGACGAUGGCCAUGAUUCUGAUCUGAAUGUUGUUGAGUCUCCUUCCUCAUUCCGUGAAUACGAUCCAGAUACCAAAAGGCCGAAGCUUAUGAACGAAGGUGGUGCUCUAAGGCGCGUGCUAACCAGAAGCAUGCUAAAAGCAGCUUCUGUGUUAUGGCCACAUUAAAACAACAUUAAAUAUUUGAAAUACGUAGGAGAGAAAUAUAUUACAAGGCUUUUGUUCAUACUAACUACUGCUCCUCCAAACGGUGAAGAAAUCUGCAAAAUACUUUCGCCUCACCCUUGCACUAUAAAAAUGCUUAAUACCGUUUUUUUGUCAUAA